GAGCUGGGCCGGAAGCUGUUCAAGAGGCGAAGAGUUCUGAGCCGAGACAAGAAGAAGAAGAGGAAGAUAGUCGGAGCGGUGAUUGACAGAGACCUGAUCACCAAACACCACCUGAAGAAGAGGAGCUCCAGCGCGCGGGCGAACAUCACUCUCUCCGGGAAGAAGAGGAGGAAACUGAUCAAGCAGCUGGCGCACAUGGAGCGGGAGAAAUGCGCCGCAGCAGCAGCAGCACAGACACAGAGUAAUGCUGCAGCUGCACAGAAUCCACCACAGAAGAGCAGGAGAGCAGCAGAGAAGAUGGAGGUGGAGUGAGGAGCUUCAGCACACACACACACACACACACACGUUCAGGACUACCUCAGCGGAUCUGUGUGUCAUUUCAACUCACCGUCACAGCAAGACAUGAAACGGACCGAACACACACACACACACACACACUCUCUCCCUCACACACACCCAUCAAAGCUACAACACCAACAGAUGAACAUUACUGUGCUGAAGUGUGUGUGUGUGUGUGUGUGUGUGUGUGUGUGUGUGUGUGUGUGUGUGUGUGUUAUCGGGCUGUAUCGCUGUGGUGUGUGUUCUGGUUCAGUGUUCACAGAUGAUGAUUGUGAAAUAAAGGAGUGUGUUUCCUCCUGAUGUGUGUGUUCAUCACAA